AUGGCCCCGAUCCGACGGUAUCUACGGAUUAGCAAGUUCUCCGUACUCGAAUGUCGGAUCUACCUUGAGGAUCCCUCUGAUAACCGAUGGCUCCUCGAUAGCCGCGACCCUGUCCUGCCUCGCAUCUUCGCCGCCAUUCGACCAUUAGUCCUUCCCAAACUGCGAGAGGAGAAUGAGAGACUAUCUGCUCGGAAGAAAGGGAAGCCGGUCAAGGAUGUUAUUGCGGAAGAGGACUUCGAGGUCGCAUUGUUUCUUCGAGAAUCGCGCACUCGCCAUUCGCUUCUGACGCGGCACAAGAGCUUUGGAGAUCAGAGAAAUAAGCGCACUCGGGUGGAAUCAAGCGCAGGAAAUGGCGGGCAGCCAGAUGCCGGCAUCCUAAUCGAAAGCGAUAGCGAGUCGGAAAUGAACAUGGAUGCCAUUCCGCGAGCAGAUCCAGAGGAAGUCAACGAUAUCACAGAAGGCCAGCGCGCAAAGCGAAAGAGAGAUGAACCCGUGCAGGAAACAGACGGGACGGAGGACAAGAAGAUGCGUUUCAGAACGAACUACGAGGGUUUCAACAUCUACGGCUGGAUGCUCUGCUUGCUUGUUACGCGCAAGGGAAACAAGGGCAAGGCCAGGGUGGAGGCAGCAGAGCCGAAGCGUCAAGUCCUGAUGGAAGAGUGGAUAUCUACCCAGGCUCAAGGAGAUCUUGAUGAAGACUAA